AAGAGAGCAAAUUAUGAAAAAGUCGUUUAUUCAGAGGCAUUUGACGAUAUAAAGGAGCUAACUUUCCCUCAUUUACAAUCUUUUCUUUCUUGGCUCAUGUUUUAAUUAGACAGACCCCCAUUUUCAUAUAAUUCAUUCAUUUAAUUUUAUUCAAUUUGUUAUCGGUGUAUAUCAUUCAUAACAACCAUCAUCAUCAACAAAUCAAGAAACAGUUUACAAAAAUAUAUGUCUAAUACGAGCUAUUACCGAUCACCGUUCGGAGACACGACUCACACCAAAGUGUUCGUGGGAGGUUUAGCAUGGGAGACUCCGACCGAUGAAAUGCGCCGUCACUUUGAUCAGUUCGGUGAGAUUCUUGAAGCCGUCAUCAUCACCGAUAAGACUACCGGAAAAUCUAAAGGCUACGGUUUCGUCACGUUUCGAGAGCCGGACUCCGCGACUAGAGCGGUCGCUGAUCCCAACCCUGUGAUCGAUGGACGAAAGGCCAAUUGCAAUAUUGCGUCUUUUGGACGGCCACGACCAUCGACGCCUCGAGGGCGAGGCCAAGGAGGAAGCCCUGGUCAAUAUCAAGGCGGUGGACAAUCAGGCUAUACUGGGAUGGCUGCUCCGCUGCAGCAGGCUGCGACUGCCCAACUUAUGUAUCCGUCGUAUGGGUAAGCAAGAAUGAUUUGUAACUAAAAAUUAAUGGGUUUAUAUAUUUAACCCGAAGGGUGUAAAGAAAUUUAUAAAUUUUGCAUAGACAAGGAAAUGGUCCAAUGCGAUAGAAAUGGUAAGAGGCAGAAGAUGAUAUUUAAUGCUUCAAUUUGCGCAAGUUGGAGUCAGCCAGUAAAUAUCAUGUUCAUAAUAUAUAUACUUUUAUCAAUAUACUAGUUAGCUAGUUGUCCCUAUAAAAAGCAUAUUAUGUAAUGAAGAUUAGUCGGACCAUCAUCGCAACAAUAAUAGUGAAAUAUGUCAAUGUCAUGUAUGUAUAUAAAGAGUACAUUUGUGUCUCGAUGAGUUUUGCAUGCACUAAAUUUGUCGAGGUAAAAUAAUUAACUAGA